ACCAAUCAAAUCUAAGGUUUUGAAUAACUAUUCAACUAGUAUGUGUAUAAAAAAUUGACUAUAGUACCAAAUGUGACAUCUAUUUAGAUGACAUUGUAUUUUUUUUUCAAUGAUGAAUUCAGGGUUUAAUCAUAGAGCGGAUACAAGAUUCACUAUCCAACAAUGGUGAUGAGAACAAGAGGAUCAUAUAUCUUGGUGAUGGAAGUGGUGAUUAUUGCCCGAGCUUGAGGCUUAGAGAGAGAGAUUUCAUGAUGCCAAGGAAGAACUUUCCAGUGUGCUAUUUAAUCUGCAAAGACCCUUUGCUUCUUAAGGCUGAAAUCCAUCCAUGGAGUGAUGGGCAAGAACUUGAGCAAGUUUUGUUGCAAUUAAUCAACAAGAUCACCUCUUUGGGUGAUGAAAGCUCUCAACAAUUCAUCUCAUCAGAUUGCAAAAUGCAGACUCUAUCUGUCACUACUCAUGAGGCUUUGCCUAAAGUUCUUCCAAAGCCAACAUCUCAAUCUGGUGUUGUUUCCUCACCGCCUCAAGCACGUGCCACCGCAACCACAUCUUCACCUGCUGCCUCUCAGUUGUCAAAAUUGCUUCAGCACUCUAAAUUUAUAUGUCAAAUUUUAACUCCGAAUCUUUCCUAGUGAUAGCUUUUCCGUAUUGGCAAUUAUCUUCCCAUGAUUGAAACCAAUUGAAAUAUAAAGAGCUGAUGACUGAAGAAAUUAGGAUUCUCCAUUAUUA